ACAGCACGCAUGUUUCCUCCAGCUGGGAGAUGCGAGUUUAACUAAGGAAAAUAACUAGAGGAUUAUACAAAGAAUCGACAAUUACCAUCGCAUAUUUUGAUCUGUUCAAAAGUGCAUACGGUAAACCAUGUGUUUAGUAAAACACACGAUCCUGCCGAGAAAGACCGAGAUGAAUUUGCAGGCGCCAAGUCCUCUCUUUCUAGCCUGAGGAGAAGUCCACCAUAUUGACUUGGGAAUCACACGCAAUUGAUUUUUAUCGUGUUGUGCACGCGCUGGUGUGUUGUUACAAGUCUUGCGUGCUUAGGCCUUGGCCCGAGCCACGUUUUUACUCGUCGCAGUGCACGACGUCGAGGCUAUUGGCAGAGAAAGAUAUAGAUUCGUCGCCUUAAUCCACUUAGGUUGGGAAAGAUAACUGACAUUACAUUCCUGCCACCACUUGGUGCUGUCACCAAACCACAAUGUAUGCUACCACGGUCCGCCACAAUACAGUAGGAUGCUGAAUGAAAACCUGGAAGGACAGAUGUCAGAGGGCAUUCUUCCCUUGAAAAGGACUAACAAGUUCAUGGCUGCCAAAAAGAAGGAGAGGAUAAUGGUUCUUCAUGAGGAGGGGGCUACUGCCCCCAUAGCACUGCCCUCAGCUGCCUCUCCCCCUGACCUCUUUGGUGUCCUAAACACAGGGCAAGCAAGUGCAGUUGUAGCCAAUGAAGAAGCAAACAUUCCAGCAACAUCUACUCCAGGUUCUGCAAUGGGUACUGGUCAAAUGGUUUCUACAUUGAACUCUGCUGCCAGGUCUAAUAACCAACCAGAGAAUUUACCACCAGAGAGCACCUACAGCGGUAUCAAGGUGAUGUUGGACAAUAACAACAUGUGGAAUGAGUUUUUCAAAUGCAAAACCGAAAUGAUAAUAACCAAACAAGGCCGGAGGAUGUUCCCUUAUUGCCGCUUUCGCGUCUCUGGUUUGGAGCCCUUCCAGAAGUACACUCUGUUCAUGGAUAUCAACCCUGUGGACAACAAACGUUACAAGUGGACUGGGCAAGACUGGCAAAUGAGUGGGAAGACAGAGGCCCAUUUGCUGAGACGGGUUUUCAUCCAUCCAGACUCUCCAUCUUCUGGUCACCAAUGGAUGCAGAACCCAGUGUCAUUCUACAAGCUUAAGCUCACUGACAACACGAUGGACCAGGAGGGCAAUGUAAUUUUGCACCCAAUGCACCGCUACUUACCACAUUUGCAUUUGGUCUCAGCUGAAACGGCUACAGAGGAUAUUCAGCUCAGUGGGCCUGACGUGAUAACCUUCACCUUUCCCCAGACUGAAUUCUUUGCUGUAACAGCCUACCAGAAUGUACGCAUGUCUCGGUUUAAAGCAGACUUCAACCCUUUUGCAAGUGGACCCAACUCCCAGGCUCUAAAGCUGAAAAUGAGUCCCUCCAAUGAGUCGAAGGAUGAAACCAGAUCUCCCAAUGAACUCAAGCCUGUGAAAGGCUUGAAUGGCCUGAAAUCUUUGAUGGCGGCAAAACGCAGAUCUAAAGACACUUCAACAGUAGAUAAAGGACUCCUGAGCCCUGAUGCUCAAAAUGUUUCCCUUGCAGAUGGUGACAAAACUGAUGGACCCAGCUCCAGGCUGAAAUCAAGGCCCUCCAAUGAGAUGAACAAAGACUCAGCCCAAUCGCCCAAUGAGCUCAAGUCUGUGAAAAGCCUGAAUAAUCUUAAGUCUUUGAUGGGGAAACGCACUUCCAAAGAUACUUCAGCAGGAGGCCAAGGACUUCUCGCUCCGAAUGCCCAAAAUGUUAUGCUUGCAGAUAAGUCCGGAGUCCAAACAAGUCCCUCCAAUAAGUCAAAAAAAGACACAAACAGUUCUACCAAUGACCUCAAGCCUGGGAAAAGCCUGAAUAACCUGAAGUCUUUGAUGGCAAAACACAGCUCUAAAGGCACAUCCGCAGUAGAUCAGAGAGGCCUCAGUGAAGAUGCUCAACGUGUUACACCUGUAGACAGAGACAAAUCUGGAGUCAACGCUAAUGGACCCAGCUUAAGCACUCCAAAGCUGAAAUCAAGAUCCUGCAAUGAGUUGAAAAAAGCAGGAACCACAUCUGCCAAGGAAUUCAACUCUCUUAGAAGUAAUCUGUCUUUGUCAAAAUGCAAUCCUAAAGACACUUCAGCAGUAGGUCAAGUACUCCUAAGCUCAGAUGCUCAAAAUGUUAUACUUGCAGACAGUGAAAAGUCAGGAGUCAAAAUGGAUAAACCCAGCUCCUGCAAGAAAUCAAGUCCCUCCAAUGAGACGAUGAAAGUUGAAACAAUAUCUCCCAAGGUGUGCAAUUAUGUGAAAUAUUCCCGAAAGUCUUUGCGUAGAAAACACAACUCCCAAAAGACUUCAGCAGCAGAUCAUGGACAAAAGUCAGUCAGAAACAUAGAGUCCACUGAAUACCAUUCUUGUGCAACAGGUCCUCCCCAAAGUAACUUCCCUGAGCUGAUUCGGGAGUGUCGUCUGAAAAUACGAAGGUGCAAUGUUGAGAGAACCAAUACAACUUGUAGUGUUGAGCAAACAAACACUAAGGGCAUGGUUGCCAAUGGCAAAGUUGUGGAAGUAGCUGUGAAUGACAAUUUUUCCCAGAUUUCUGAACCUGAAGCCUUGUCCGGGAAGACUAUUGAAAGGGUGGGAAAACUGCACAAUGGGAAUGUGAUUCACAGUGUCAAGGACCUCUUCAAUUCAUCUCAGUCCCAGGAACCGGUCAAGACCCGUGUGUCAAUCAAUGACCAUUCAGCAAAGGAAGUUGAAAACAGUCAAAAGGCUUCCCAGAGCUCCUCAGUGAGCUCUGAAGCAAAAAUUACAGGUUUUGAUGAACAGCUGCAGGGGAAGGCUAAACCACACAAACGACCGGAACCUGUGCCGUUGCCCCUUCUUGCACUCUACCUUCAACAGUUGAAGUCAAAAUCCAGAUCUUUUAGGACCAAACCGAAAUCUCCCCCGGGAUUGCCUUCGUCUUCAUCCCCAUCUUCUGCUGUUCCAACCACCGAUCCUGUUAUUCCAGCCACCGAUCAAACUGGCCCUGUCAUGGACUCAACUGGCCCAGCCAUGGACUCAAGUGGCCCAACCUUGGAAUCUACUGGCCCAACCUUGGAAUCUACUGGCCCAACCUUGGAAUCUACUGGCCCAGCCUUGGAAUCUACUGGUCCAUCCAGGGAUUCUACUGGAUAUGCUGUAGUUCCAGCCAGUGGUCCUGUAGUUCCAGCCAGUGGUCCUACUGAUCCAGCUAUCAAUCACAUUGUUCCAGUCAUUGCCCCCACUGGGCCAACCACAGACUAUGCUGGUCUACCCAUGGAUAUUUCAGUCCCAAACACAGAUUUUUUGGUUCCUGCCACAGACUCAUUGUUACCAGAACCUGACUCAGUUUUACCAACCGCUGAUGAUUUGUUUCUUGUCCCUGAGCCUACCUUAUCCAUUGCACAAUCAUCCCCCACCCCUUGUUUGCCAACAACUGUCUUAUUAUCACCAUUCCCUGACCCAUUGUUACCAGCCCAAGAAUUGCCACCCCCUGUACCUGUCACAUUAAACCUAGCGACUGAUUUAUCAUCACUUACCUCUGACCCUCCCUCAACUGCUCCAGUACUGUCAUCAACACCUAGUCUUGCCAACUUGGAACCUGAAUUUACCCCCUCGUUACCAUCCCCUGGUCCUUCGCGAGGUGGCUUUGAACCCCCUUUACCUUCCCCUGUUACAUUGAAACCGGAAGCCACCGCCCCCUCCUUACCUGUACAUGCCUCCUCAUUCCCAGCCCUUGAACGAUUACUGCCCCCUAACCCUUUUGUUCUAUCCUCUGAAUUUUCAUCACAUGGAUCACUUUUAGGCCUACCUGCCCCUGAUCCUUUUUUAACAAUACCCUUUAUCCCAUUGUUGCCUUCCGCUCACAUUAACCCAUUACCCUUUGAGGCAACCUCAUUUUCCUCUACCUCUCACCCUGACUCACUUGCUCUGGACACUGCCUUAUCCCCAUCUCCCUCAGACACUACCUCAUCAUUCCAAGUCAAUUAUGAACCAUUAACACACCCAUCUACACAGUCUCCACUCCCAUUCCAGUUAUCUUCCUUUUCAUUGUUAGGUCCUGAUCCAUUGUCACCAACCCCGUCACUGGCCGACCUCACUAACCUUUUCUCCAUCGCCAAAGAGCUUGAGAUAACUGAAGACUUUCCCAGCAGUGAGGCACCUCCUGUCCCAUGUCCUCCUGUCCGAAGUACCCCUAGCAUACCAGUUAGUUCUACUUUACCUGUUGGUUCUAGUCAGCCAACCCAGAUAAAUAAACCCCGGAGAUCUAGGAAAGGAGUGAAAUCUGCCAAGGGUGAUUCACUCCCAGUGAUUGAUGGAUCCACAGAUGUCGCCAUGCAGCCCAACCUGGAGGAGGUUGAGGAGCAGCUGUUCGUGUCUUUCACCUCCAAGGAAGCACUUGAUGUCCACCUGGGAGAGCCUGCACUUUGUGAGACGACGACUGCGCAACCUCAGAAGCCCCCAGAGGCGACAGAGAAUGUUGGAGGACUAGAAACCACAGAGGAAAGAAUAGUAGCUUUCGAGAAGGUUAUUUUGGGUGACCUAAAGGUUAUGAGGCAUCGACAGGUCAUUCAUCCUGUGUUGCAAGAAGUUGGACUGAAGAUGAGUUUACUGGAUCCCACUCUGGUCAUUGACCUGCAGUACCUAGGUGUUCGUCUACCUCUACCCCAACCCUUUUUAUGUCCAGAAUCAAACUCUCCAGGGUUGGCAUCUUCUCCAAGUGGUUCAGUCCCCUUUGUUUCCAGGACAGGCAAGACCACAGACUUCACCCAAAUCAAAGGCUGGAGAGAUAAGUUUGUCCCCUUGAACUCGCCAUCAUCCUCCAAGCCUGAAGGUUGCCCAAGUUCAGAAGUGGUCCCAAAGAACUUGUCGGCCUUCUGCAGUGACAUGUUGGAUGAGUACCUGGCUAACGAAGGUAAACUCAUUGACGAGCGCGCUGCAAGUUUCACCCAGACCACCGUCGUCACCCCUGUGGUCUACCAGCUACCCACCAAGAGCACCAGCUACGUCCGAACCCUAGACAGUGUGCUGAAGAAACAGGCACCGGCACUUUCUUCCACCUUUGUUCCACCAUCCAAAAAACCCAGACUGCCCCCCACAUCCAAAGGACUUAAAAAAUCUGAGAAAAGGCAACAAAAACAGCAAUGUUUAAAGCAGAACAGAACUAAACUAACUUCUGCAACAACCCCAACACCAUUGCCCACUGAGCCAAAACCGCUAUUGAUGGAUCAUGGCGCCCCCAUCACCCACGAUGACACAAUUGAAACUAUAAAAAGGAGACCUCCACCAGCCCAUGACCCUCCUGUGUCCAGGCCAGAGGUAGAAGAGCCACCUCCCGCUGAACUGGCUCCUGUGGAAGAGGAUGACUCGGACCCAGAGCCACAGCCUGCUGCCAAGACCAAGGUCGUGUUUCCUGGGCUGACCAAGGCCCUGCUCCGACAAAGGGAUUUGGAGGACGGGGUUGUCUGGGAGGGCAAGCGCCGGACCUGCAUCUCAAACGAGGGGGCGACGGUCGCCCUCACCUCCCACUUCACCUCAACGGGCUUUGUUUGUGAGAACCCUACAGCUCCUAUUAGGAUCAUAAAGCGCAGGGCUCCUCACUGCCUCAAAGCAUUCUGCCGAUUGGGCUGUGUGUGUGCCAGCCUGGCACAGGACCGUCGUAUUAUCCACUGUGGAAAGAUUGAGUGCAUCUUUGGCUGCAGCUGCCUCAGGCAGAAGGUGGUCGUCCUCAAGAACUUAGAAGGACCAGAUUCUAAUGCGUCAGAGGAGGGCCUGUCCAAGAAGCGGAGGAGAAAGUGGAAGAGGAUGAGGAUGGCAUAUACUCUCAGGGAGGCUGAGACGGUAUCAGAACCUGCUCCGCGUGUGAGAAUGUUGUGGAGAAAGACUGAUGGAGAGACUGACCCGGAGCCCGUCCUCGCCCCAACACCUGUCUACCUACCACAUCUUCCACUACAGGAAGAACCUUCAGUGGCGUAUUGUUCUCCGGUAAGAGAGGAAGGCAGGACCAUGACAUGUGCCAGAGUGCGUGCAUUUCAAAGCAAGAGCACAAACCGACCUGAGGUCAUUGACAAUCACUGCAAACCAAUAGACUCUGCACCAGUGAACUCUUCCAGUAUGUCAGAGAAGUCGUUGUCCUGCCAUCGUCCCAAGUACACGGAGCCCUCCAAGCGCCUGGAGAUUAUAUCUAAGUGUAAGUGGAGGAGCCUGGCGGAUAGGAACCUGGUGCUGAGAAUUGUGUGUGAGCACAUGGCCAAGGACAACCUCAGGAACCCCUUCUGGGUCAAAGGUUACCUUAUAAAACCUGUGUCUCAGACCCUGAGAAAUGUGGGCGAAAGCUGCUCCAUCCACUACAAGGUACUCAUCUCUCAGGUCCCGAGACCGGACGAAGUGGAGGAGGAGAACGGUGAGGAGGAGGAGGAAUGGAUGGGAGAGGAAGAUGAAGAAGAACUAAUGGAAGAGCAGAGAGAGGAGGAUAAAGUGGAGGAAGUACCUGUCGUGGAGGAAGUACCUGUCGUGGAGGAAGUACCUGUCGUGGAGGAAGUACCUGUCGUGGAGGAAGUACCUGUCGUGGAGGGAGUACCUGUCGUGGAGGGAGUACCUGUCGUGGAGGAAGUACCUGUCGUGGAGGGAGUACCUGUCGUGGAGGAAGUACCUGUCGUGGAGGGAGUACCUGUCGUGGAGGGAGUACCUGUCGUGGAGGGAGUACCUGUCGUGGAGGGAGUACCUGUCGUGGAGGGAGUACCUGUCGUGGAGGGAGUACCUGUCGUGGAGGGAGUACCUGUCGUGGAGGGAGUACCUGUCGUGGAGGGAGUACCUGUCGUGGAGGGAGUACCUGUCGUGGAGGGAGUACCUGUCGUGGAGGGAGUACCUGUCGUGGAGGGAGUACCUGUCGUGGAGGGAGUACCUGUCGUGGAGGGAGUACCUGUCGUGGAGGGAGUGGACAACAAGGCUGUGGGGCGUAGAAAGGAUCUGAAAUGGCAGGGCCUGCCUUUCUUAACAGGAAUUUCUCCUGCUGGCCUCCUUACUGGCAACCUUAAGCUGCCAGAAAUCUCAUACCAGAAAUGUAUCACGGUGAAUGGCAGGUCCUACUCCCAUGCCAAGAUGCAACUGGGCAUGAUGGGAGCCAUGCACCCAGCCAACCGUCUUGCUGCUUACCUCACGGGCAAGUUACGAAGGCCUGCCUGUCUAAAGUGGUAUAUGGCGGCCUCCUCCUCCGUCCCAUCACAAAAACACCCCUCAGAAACUCCUAAAGGUGCCAUAGAUACAAAGUCCUCUACGAGACAACCGGCCCAACUGGCAGCCACUCCUACCACCAUGGUUACCACAAGUGUUCCCUCUACCAUUCCAGUUGCUGCUGGCCCCAAGUUCAUUGUGAACCCAGGUGCCUGUCUCUCUCAGGGGGCUCAGAUGGAGCAGAACAGAGUGACUGCUGCUGUGCGGAUUCAGGUUGUCACCAUGGUCUACCCAACCAAAACUCCUCAUGUGAGGGGUGGUGCCGCAGCCCUGGUAUCUGCAGUGUCUGUUAGCUCCAAGACCCCCUCAGCACCAAGAUAUUCUACAGGUGCAAAUGUAUCACCGCAAAAUGCGUCCCCCAUCAGUGAAGUGGUUACCAGUCCCCCGAUGCUCUCUGUCCCAGGGACCAGUACCUCUGUCAGAAUGCCGUCUCCUCUCACAUCCCUGACCCCUAUCAUGUCCCUGACCCCUCUCGCGUCGGGUCAGAGAAUGGUGCUGCAGCCGGUAAGGAACACCUCAGCGAACACCCUAUACAAGAACCCCAAGGGACAGCUGAUCCAGCUGGUUGCCCUCAGCCAGCUGAAGGCCCUUAAUCCCAACCUCGUCAUGCACAACAAGGAUGGGAUGAUCAUUUUAACCAUGCCUGAAUGCUUGACCACCAUGAACAGCUCCACCUCCUCUCUCACCACAUUGGAGAGCAAGGGCCCUGGUAGCUGUGCUUCCACCAUCAGUACUGUCCCCCUUGUCACUUUCCCAAAGACCCAGACUGCAUCCAGCACCACUAUCACUGCCCCUAAAACCACCCCUGGUUGUGUUAGUCUCUCACCCACCGUGACAAAUGGUGGGACGUACACCUUGGAGAUUGUUCCUCAGACAGGCAACAAGGAGCCCAUCAUCAUCAAGUGUCCGGCGGUGCCAGCCCAGGGCUCCUCCAAGGUGAUGCCUGUAGUAGGGGGUGUUACUGUGCUGCAGCCUCAUCCGGAAACCACAGUAAUUACUGUCAAAUCCCCCACAAAAACGGUUAAGAACACAGGUGUCAAAGCUGACAAUAUCUCCACAGUGACCUCCAAUGUAGACUCUAAUGUAGUCUCUGAGGUGUGUAGUUGGAUGCGGCCUUUCCAGAAAACCAAAACGCCUCCUAAAUCCACAAAACCCCCUAAAGGACCCCAGUUUAAAUUUAUAAAAGCUGAUGCUAUCUCCCCAGCUCACUGCAAUUUAGACCCUAAUAUCCAGCCUGGGGUGGUUAUAGUGCCGCAGCCUCCCCCGAAACCACCUAUAACCCAGGUCACAACGACAGGGAUCAAAGAUAACACCUCCACAGCAGACUCCAAUCUCCUUACUAAGAUGGUUCAUGUUGAUGACCCCUACCAGACAUGGACAGGAAGACCGAAGAGGAAGAUGGUGGAGGAUGAGUACGAUUUGGAUGAUACGGACAACUCAUCUGACGAGACUGAUUCUGACGAUUCAAGUGUUAAUAAAGAGGAGCUCAUCGACGUCAUCAGUAAACAGCUGAAGCACAACGUGGACGAGAGGCAUCGCUGUUUUGAGCUCCAUGGGUGCUUCCAGAGGCUGAGGGAGACACUGAAACUUGACCAAAAAGCUGUGAAAGUGUAUAUCCUUAAAGAAGCGACAGAGGAGAUCCAAAUCCUGACUACGAAAAGUAACGACAUGGAGAAGCUAAGGAGUUCACUGACCCUGGAGAGAGCAGCUUAUGUCAAGAAGAUGUCCCAGUUAACUGGUAAUAAUGGACACUGCUGUAACAUUUCAGCAUUCAAAAAACAUUCAACCAACAUCUUUCCCUCCACAGGAGAGUCUGAGAAGCAGAUCCUGAGGAACAUCCAGUAUGUUUGUUCCCAGCAGAAGAGUGAGGAGCUACUCGUCAACAGGAAUAUGGAAGGAGUUCCCAAAGACUCCUCUGCUGCCUCGUCCUCUUCAGCUGUCUUGACCUGCAGUGAGGCCAGGUCGAGACCAAGACCAAGGCACAUGGGAGGAGUGACAGCAGAGAAGGAGGAGGAGGACAGGGAGGAGGUGAUGGAGGUGGUGGACCUUCUGGAGGACACAGAGGAGGACAGGGAAGCGGUGAUGGAGGUGGUGGACCUUCUGGAGGACACAGAGGAGGACAGGGAAGCGGUGAUGGAGGUGGUGGACCUUCUGGAGGACACAGAGGAGGAGGAAACGGACAACUCCUCGGACGAGACAGAGGAUUCUGCCGAUGACGACAACAACAAAAACAACAACGUUAAAGGGGACGUCAUUAACAUCCGUGAUGUUGAAGAAAGCGUAGAGGAGGAGGAGGCUGUAGACAUUGAGAGUGUGGAAGACAAUGCACAGAAGAGCACCACUUCACAACUGAAGGCAAAAUACGCUAAAGAAAUGGAAGGAGAAACAGGACCCAGAUUAAGAGACCGAAAACAAGUCCUUGACCUGAGAGACAAAUGCGAGCGCCUUGAAAAACUGAAGAGUGGGCUGACCAGGGAGAGAGCUGGUGAUAUUAAGAAAAUCUCAAAGAAAUCUGGAAAGACAGAGGAGCUCAGCAUCAGGAAACUGCAGGACAUCUCGACCAAACAGAAGGACAUGGUGUUCAAAAGGAAGUGGAGAGGGCCGUCCUCAUCGGUCUCACCCAAUAAAACAAUUUCACUCAGGAGCACUCGACAGCCUAAGCCAAAGUCCCUGGCCCCCAGCCUCAAGUUAAAGGUCGUAGCCACCUCAGUCCCCCACUCUAUCCCCCAAAAGCCUGCAUCCCAACGACCCAAGACAAGUCCCAUCACACCACCUUCCAGUAACCACCCCUCAACGUGGCGUUCGCCGCGUGAAAGGACCAGACCUAACAUCCGGUCUGGCAGAAAAAUACAGCCUGCCCCAGUUCAUGCUGGGUUUCUCCCUCCUAAAAUGCUGUCUAUAGUGGGUGGAGUGAUCACAUCUGAGCAGGUGAUCGCCAUGCAGUCUGCCCGUUCUCUGCUGCCGGGAGGACGUGUCGCUGGAAUCAAAAUGCGACAGUCACAAACACCAGGUGUCGCUUCGGUCACCAUCAUUAUCCCCUCAAUGUCCGAACCCAUUUCUCUCACUCCAACUUUUAAUAACUGCAACAGGGGAGUUCCUAAUUUCAACGAUGUUGUUUCAUUGGUUAAAGCCCGACAGAACCAGUCAGCUCCAGGUGUGUCAGGGGGAGCUCAGAGGAGGCCAGCCCCAGGGAAGGAUAGGGGCAGUGGGUUGGAGUACGGAGAGGUUCUGGGGAAGCAGCUGGACCACGCUGUAGACAGUGUAGGGAUCAACGACGCAGAUGGAAACUCUGAGGAGGACGAAGACAACAAAGAUGGUGAUGGUGAAGACGAGAGCCUGACGUCUGUCCUCAACGAGAUCUUCAUCCUUCACCAGCAGAUUACCACAGACAACAACAGCAGCCCCAGAGGUCCUCCAGUGGUCUCCCGCAUACCACACACCGAGCCUGGGCAGAUGGGGACUGUGAGGGUACCCACACCUCAGACAGACAGGGUGCUACUACCACCAAAGACAGAGAAGGCAAUCAUCGGAGAUGGAGAUGACGAGCGCUCCCUCUGCCCCUUGUUCCUGAGACUGAAUGAGGACAAGGGCCAGGAAAAGACUUCCAAAGGCCCAGGUCUGCCAAUACCACAGGCAGAGGACCUUAAAGUUGGUUUUGGAUCCAACCUGAAACCAUCAGAGACUGUUUCUGCUCCUGCUGUCAACGGGCACAGCCAACAAGCAAAAGCAUGCACUACAAAAGGUCAAGAUGUACUGCAAAAAGCACUGACCCCGCCACUGCUGCUGCAGAUGAAAGUUGGAGGCGUGGCAGAGGUGCUGGAGUCCAAUGAGAAGCCGGGGGAUGCCCUGACCCCGCCCCCACUGCUGCAGAUGAGGUCCAUGCCAGGACUAGACCCACGAUGACUAAAGAGCAACCCUCAGACAUAGAACUGAGAACCAACCUACUUAGGCCCAGGUCGACAUUGUAGCCAUCUCUCCUCAAUACCCCCAUUCACAUAGGUCGUAUUCAUUCGGCACCAAAUGGACAAAAACUGACUGAAAUGGGGUGAGACUACUUGAACUUGUCCAAUGAGAAACUUUCGUUUUUUGCUGCAAAGCAUUUCUCUACAGUGUGACGUAAUGAAUAUGACCCUUCUGGCUAAACCAAUCGGGGAUAACUACAUUUACGAACAUACAUUUAGGAUAUCCUUGUGAAAAAAGUGAUUUUGUUUUGUUUUUAGAAGCAACACUACCUAACGGGGCGUAUCGGAAUGACUGACAUGACACUGUUCUGACAGUCAGGAGUUUUUGUUUGUUUUUCUGUUCAAAUCUCCUAUCUAGAAGUGUCUCAGAAUAAGAAUACAGAUCUAGAAUCAGUUUAACCUUUUAGAUCAUAAUGAAUAAGCUCACAUGGAUCUGAUCCUAGAUCAACGCAUGUGUAAGACACUAUAAAUACAGGCCCUGAACUGUUGCUUUUCUUUCCCUCAUUUUAAAGAGGAGAUGCAAUGAAUAUUCUGUAACAGUAAGCUGCCAGGACCUUGGUACAUUUAAGGGUGUCCAGUAUGUUCUGCCUUAAGGGUUACACACAUCGCACUGAAUGUAGAUCUGUCGUUUACAGCUUGUUGUUCAGCGCACUGUUGACGUCUUCACGCAUGUUUCUAUAUGUAAAACCGGUUUGCACUCGGUUCACAAGUACUCUCAGCAGACAAACACUAUUGGUGUGUUCGAGCCCUUAGAGUAUAUUAUUUGUUCUAUCAGAGCAAGAGGAUUUGUAGACAGACAUCUGAUGGUAUGGAUGCCAGUUCUGUUCAUAGUACUGUAAUGUUGUGUGUGUAUCUCCAUAUUGGAGUGGGAGAUCUGUUUCUUCAUGUUUGUAGUUACUUCACCUUUAAGGAACAUUUCAUCUGUAAUUAUAUAUAUUUUUUGUAUGGCACACAGUUUUCUACACUAACUACUAACCACUCAGUUUGCAGUGCAGACAACACAUCUCAACAUAGAAAACCCUUGAUAAAUAUUGUCAUAAUGGACAGGUAAUUGAAUCUGCAGCGCUUGUGACUUUUUUCUAAGAGCAGCUUCACUUCAGUGAUUUAUGUAAUAAUUAGACCCUGACAUUCACUAUAAUAUUCGUAGAAAUGACUAGAUGCGUCCCAAAUGGCACCCUAUUUCCUAUAUAGUGCACUACUUUUGACCAGGGCCCUGAUCUAAAGUAGUGUACUAUAUAGGGAAUAGGGUGCCAUUUGAAAGAAUUUGUGUAUUUGUGGUUGAAUUGGGUGAAAUGAAAGCUGUCGUUGCUGUAAUAAUGUUUAUGUUGCUAAGAGAUAAAGCUUGCCGAAUUAAAAGCCAGCCAUCUUGUUAAACUGCAUCAAGACCUGUUGGUUAGAACCAUAUAGUGUAGAUUGAAUUUCUGUAAAAAAAUAUAUAUAUAAACUCCCAUUUUUAAAAAAAUAAUAGGCCAUGUAAAUAAUGACGUUUUUCAACUUUGAGAACGAUGGUUGUUUUUUGUAAAGAUAUUUCUCAUGUUUUUAUAUGGGGUCAAUAACCGUUACGUUUAGGAUGUUGACGUAAGAGAGAGGAAGAUGCCUUGAAAUAAAAUCUAAUAAUGAA